AUGGGUCAAGCUGGAAGAAACUUGACUGUGACCUGUGACUAUAACAUCGAGUAUAAGAAGCACCGGAAGUGGUGGUGCCGAAAGACAGUCCUGAUGCACUGUCAUAACCGCGUACACACCACUGGAGCAGAGCAGGUGGUGAGGAAGAACCGGGUGACCAUCAGGGAUGACCAGGGUCAGCACAGGUUCACCGUGACGAUGGAGCGGCUCAGGGACAAUGAUGCGGGCACAUACUGGUGCGGGGUUGACACAGAUAAAUUUGAUCUCGCAUUCCCCGUCAGAGUGACCAUUGCCCCAGCCACCGGGGUUCCCCCAGAGCCGUUAAGAGUCCUGGGGUCACACCCAGCCCCCGCCUACACCUUUCCCAGCUCCCACUACUUGUCCCAGAGCCCCGAGACAGGGCCCAUGGAGGCCCAGGAGGAGGUCAGCUACGCGCACCUGUCUCUGCGGCCCCGUGACCCGGAGCCCAUCUACGCCAACGCGGACGCUGAAACUACUGGAACAGAGCAGGUGGUGAGGAAGGACCUGGUGACCAUCAGGGACGACCAGACGCAGCGCAGGUUCACCGUGAGCAUGGAGUGUCUCAGGCACGAUGACGUGGGCAUGUACUGGUCCCUGCUCAGCAGCGUCCAAUUCCUGCUCCUGGUCUUCCUGAAGGUUCCCCUGCUGCUGUUUCUGAUGGGGGCCCUCGUCUGGGCAAGCUGGCCUCAGAGGGGCCCUAGGAAACAGACAUAG